AUGGCGGUAAAGUACAGCAUUCAGAACACGAGACUGCGUGUCAUUGAGGAUGUCCUCAUAGACCAUCAUCGACUCGGCCAGUUCACGACCUUCGGCAGGGCGUCAAGCCAGGACGAAGCUGCACAGUCUCUCGAGAAUCACGUGCUCUUUGAAGUGAUGGAAUCUCUAAGGGCACGGAGCCUUCGCAUAACCCUGGCGAUAUUGUAUAGGUAUCGUGGGGCUGUAUUUUUCUCCAAUGAAAAAUGCUCAGAGAAGUUGCACAACCUCUGCUCAGAAGUUGAAGAAAGCCAAAUCAAGGCUGCUGUGCAGGGCGUAGAUGCAAACUCAAAUAAGGAGAAUCUUUUGGCAGCAAUCAUCGUCCUCCUAGUCAAACGUUUGGUUUUCGACACUUGCCAGCCAAGAAGCAGCCUCUCAGAUAUUCUUCUAUACGAGUAUCAGCAUUGUGUGUUCCAACGAGACGGUGCUGAAGCCCUGCACAGACUUCACCUUGGGGCUUGGUCACGUUUUUAUCAGGAUCAUGACGGAACUUUCACUCAAUACAUCAAUGCCCAUGCUAUCGCCCUCUCGUCACAACUUGUGGAGGCACUUGCCAUUUUCUUGGAAGCUGGUUCACAGGCAGAAAAUAUUCCUCUAGCCGAACAGCCGCAAAAUGCAUCGAAAUCACUGUAUGGCGUUUUUUUACCGGUCAUCAAGGACUGUUUGAAGUUGAAAACAAAAGCUGUAUUGUCCGGCCAGUAUUACGAGUUGCAGCCUCUGCCUUCAGGAACAAAAUACGACCCAGAGAAGAUGACGCAGGCUUCUCCCGCCGUCGUUGGCAGUGCUCCGAAGAAGGGAAAUUCGCUGUUCUGCCUGUUGCCAUCUGUCAUCAAGUAUGAAACAAAACGAUUCAAGGAUGAAACCCUCUCGGCGCAAGACAUUGGAAGUUUAGGAGAGUUCAUCAAUAGAGAGGAAGGUCAAAGAACAGAUGGGACAGUGCUUUUUCCAGCACUUGUGACUCUACAGUGA